AAAAAUAAAUAAAUACAGAAUUACAAGUGGUAUUUAAUAAUAAUGCAGGCCGCCGGCGCGACUGUCAAGCGUUUCGGCGUGCUGCCCCGUCUAUUCCCAGCCCGUCGACAAUUUGCAGCGACAGCUUCCCAAUGCGAGCCAACAGAUUCUCCGCAGUCGCCGCCCCCGUCGGCCAGGCUCUCCAUGAAGAUGAGCGGGUGGCAGCUGCACAAUUAUGGCGGCAUCGAGGAACUGCAGCUGUCCGACAAGCUUAAGUUGCCUCAGAUACGCAGUUCUGACGAGUGCCUGGUCCGAGUCCGCACCACAGCAGUGAAUCCUAUUGAUCUGGCCAUGCUCGGCGGCUACGGAUCGAAGCUGCUCAAUCAGUUUCGCUGCCAGGCCAACGAUGAUAUCGAAUUCCCCCUGACGCUGGGCCGCGAAUUCUGCGGCGUACUGGUGCAGAAGGGCAUGGGUGUGUGCCAUCAGCAGCUGCAGCUGGGGACGCGGGUCUGGGGCGUGGUGCCCAUACCCAAUAGCAAUGGAGCACACUCUGAAUAUGUCGUGGUGCCGGCAUCCUGUAUCGCGCCUGCGCCAAAACUCCUGGACGAUAGCGAGGCGACCAGCGUUCUCUAUGCUGGCCUGACGGCCUGGUCGGGAAUGUAUAUCACCGGCGGACUGGGUGGUCCCUGCGGCGCCGCCACCUCGGCUGGCGGCGGAGCAAACAAACGCGUUUUGGUGCUUGGUGGCAGCGGAAGCGUAGGCUCGUUGGCCAUCCAAAUUCUGAAGUCGCAAGGCGCCCAAGUGCUGGCCACGUGCAGUGAGAAUGCUGUGGAAAUGGUGCGUCAACUGGGCGCCGACUGCGUGGUGGACUACACAAAACCGGACGCCAUGGAACAGCUCUGCACCUAUGCGCCCUACGAUAUAGUACUGGAUUGCGCCGGCCAGGGAGGACAGGCUGCAGCCGAGUCUCCGUACGACUUUCGACAGUACAUCACAUUCAACUCGCCGCUUCUGGCAAACAUUGACAAAAAGGGACUGUGCCUGGGCGCACUGCAGAACGUCUCGGAUCUGGUGCAGACAAACGUGAGGACAGCCACGCAGCGCGGAGGGGUGGUCAAGUGGGGCUACUUCUAUCCGGCGGCGCAUGGCAUUGAGUUUCUCAGUGGUCUGGUGGAGCGGGGCAAGUUAAUACCGCAAAUCGAUAGCACGUUUGAUUUCAAGGAUAUGCCCAAGGCUUUUGAGCGGCUCAAGUGUGGUCAUAUGCGUGGUAAAAUUGUGGUUAAGCUACAGACUGAGUGAUGGGUGAUAAUUAUUUUGUUAAACAAGUAAAAUAAAGUUUUGAAAUUCAUUAAA